AUGCUGCUGGACGAGAUUCCUCUUUUUGAGCCCUCCCUCCUUCAGGAGUUAGACUGGAGUAGUAACACCGUCUCUUUCUCUCCUCCACUCUCCCCAUCCAGCCCAGGGGAAGGCCUGGAGCUCAGACCGCUCUGUACGGCCGACUAUAACAAGGGUGAGUCAGAGAUGGAACAAAUGACAUCCUCUAGUUUUAAUAAUCUUAAACUGCUUUGUAUCUAAUCAGCACUUAGUGGUAGAUUACAUUGAAAGCAAAGCUAUUAAAGGGAUAUUCCGGCGUAAAAUUAAUUUAGGGUCAAACACACCGUAACACCAAGUUAGACAUCCCCUUGAGAGAUGAAUGUUGCCAACUGCUUGCUUCUCUUGUUAUACCAACUUAAAUAACGACCGCAUGAUAGCAAUACACAGCGGUCUGAGGAGCCAUAAACAAAACUAAACCAAAAAGCCACUCUAUAGCCACAAAUAAUGCUCAGAACAGCACCUAACUUCAUCAACAGUACAUAUAGGGUCCUAGCCAUAGCACUAGCCACCAAACAUCUUUAUAGCUUUGCCUAAUUUCUUUAGCAAAGAGACUAAACAUAACUCACCUACUCUCUUCCAGCAGGUGCUGGUUUGUAGGGAGACCUCAGGCCAGUCCAUUACAGACUGCAGUGGGGUGAUGCAGCUCAAGGAAGAACAUUUAUGAUCAUUACUUUAUCAUUUCGUUGAAGUAAUAAUCACCAUAUUAAUCGUUUCGCGCUGCAGACGUGGGAGUUCUUCUGCCUUAGCGUCUCGGUCUGAUUGCAUUUCCAUGAAGAAAUGAUCAUAAAUGUUCUUCCAUGAGCUGCGUCACCCCACUGAGGUUUGUUUAUGGCUCCUCAGACUGCUGUGUAUUGCUAUCGUGUGGUUGUUACCAAAGUUGGUAUAACUAGAGAAGCAAGUGGUUGGCAACAUUCACCUCUCGAGGGAGUGUCUAACUCUGUGUUACGGUGUGUUUGACCCUAAAUUAAUUUUAUGCUGGAAUAUCCUUUUAUGCUGUUAAAUUGUGGGUAAUAUGAAGGGGUUUGGUAAUUCAAUAAAGAAACAGUGAAUUUUAAUACAUAUUAAUCGAUGAAGUGAGCCUCCUUUCCUUUUUGUUUUAGGGUUCUUUGAAGUCUUAUCUCAACUCACUAAGACAGGUGAAGUCACACCAGAGCAGUUCAUAAGUAAGUCAUGUCUAUUAAUGUGCUGAAAAAUGACAAAUGUUUUUCCUGAUCACACUGUACACAACUCCUUCCGUGACUACAUAUUUAAUUUGAACCAGUUUCUCGAAUCUCUCAUUGAAAAGAGAAAUGCCCCCCCCCCUUCCUAGCACAUGAAUCAUCUUUAAAUACAAACUGAUGGCAUAAAAUAUGUGGUCUGUUUGCUUCCAGAAAAGUUUGAGCACAUGAAGGCAACUGGAGACUACUAUGUUGUUGUUGUGGAGGACAAAAAUCUGGGACAGAUUGUUGCCACAGCGACACUGAUCACAGAACACAAAUUCAUCCACUCCUGUGCUAAGGUAAUCUACAUGUACAUACAGUAUUUCACAAUGGAAACAACUUCAACUUAGGUCUGGAUUCUUCACAGACUAAUGCCAUAAAUACGUUAAUUAUUAGCGUAGCAGUAGCUAGAAUGGUGGUGAUAAAAGCUUGACAUCAUAAAUCAGGUUACCUUUAUGAUGGUAUAGCAAAGACACAUCUUUAUUGAUCUGGACUGAAAGAUAUGACUGAAAUAAAGACCCUCUCUGAUGUGAUGUGUUUGCAGAGGGGCCGAGUGGAAGAGGUCGUAGUUAGUGACGUGUGCAGAGGGAAGCAGCUGGGCAAACUGUGAGUAGACCUGCAGGAGCCUGACACAAAGACUUUUUGUUCUGGCUUUUUUUAUAUAAGAGCCAAAAUUGUUUUGUUUUUUUAAUUAUACCCUUUUUUUGUGUGUGUCCCCACAGGUUAGUUUCAACGCUGACCCUUCUUAGCAAAAAACUGAACUGUUAUAAAAUCACACUAGAAUGCAAACCCAAAAAUGUAACAUUUUACGAAAAGUUUGGCUACUGCGCCUCAGAUGAGACUUACAUGCAGUUUCGAUUCCAUGACGGAGGACAACAGGAGCUGUAA